AUCACCCAUUCCCCGUUUUCCAGAUUCGAUUUUGAAAUUGAAUGCGUGAGUAACCUAUGCCCUCCCCACAAAUACAGUUCAUCUUUCCACUCGCCAACCAACUCCCUCUCUCUCACACAUUUUCACACACAAAAAAAACAUAGCAAAGUGCAUAGUUUUUCUCAUGAAUGCUACUUUACUUUCUUGACACACAUCUCUUUCUAUGUCCUUUCGAACUCUCAAAAUAUAAACGUUACUCAUUCAUCAAGUAAAGAAGCCACAAAAACCAUGAUUCGAACAGAAAUCGCCAUGAAUGUUAUAUUGCUUCCACACUAAAAUAUCUCUAUAUUAAGUUCCCUCUUCUUUCCUUCUUUGCUUCUCUCUCAAACCUACCCAAAUAACCCAAUUGAUACUUAGUACAAAUGUCUAAGAACCCAUCUCAACAGGACUUAGAAACAGUGCCUUCGAUGGAUGUUUUCAAAAAAUUCAAGCGCUUGAGACUCUUUGAGCCUUCUGUGGGCAUUUUUGGCUUCUUCUUUGUCACAGUGUGUGUUAUUUGCUGUUUCUUUUACUUGGAUUACAAAGCUGUUGCUAAAGGUUUUCGAUUUUCGACACAAACCCAGAGGUUUUUGUGGUUGAAAUUUGAUGGGUCCGAUGAGGAUCGAAGAGUAGUGGAGUAUUUGAGUGAAAAGGGUGAUGUGUGUGAUGUGUUUAGAGGUGAUUGGGUGUGGGAUGAGACCUAUCCUCUGUAUCAGUCCAGAGAUUGCAGGUUUAUGGAUGAUGGGUUUCGGUGUUCUGAGAAUGGGCGGCCUGAUUUGUUCUACACCAGAUGGCGUUGGCAGCCCAAAGAUUGCAACUUGCCCAGAUUUGAUGCAAAAAUGAUGUUGGAGAAACUGCGGGACAAACGACUAGUGUUUGUUGGAGACUCAAUUGGAAGAAAUCAGUGGGAGUCCCUCCUCUGCAUGCUCUCUUCUGCUGUUCCCGAUAAGAAUUCAAUCUAUGAAGUGAAUGGCAGCCCAAUCACAAAGCAUAAAGGGUUCUUGGUGUUCAAGUUUAAGAAUUAUAACUGCACAGUGGAGUACUACAGGGCACCAUUUCUUGUACUUCAGAGUCGACCUCCUGCUGGUUCCCCACAUAAGAUAAGAACAACUCUGAAAUUAGAUGAAAUGGAUUGGAGCUCUUUGAAAUGGAGAGAUGCCGAUGUUCUGGUCUUCAACACAGGGCAUUGGUGGAACUAUGAGAAGACCAUAAGAGGGGGUUGUUACUUCCAAGAAGGGGCAGAGGUGAAGAUGGAGAUGGAAGUUGAUAGUGCAUACCGCAAGUCCCUAGAGACUGUGGUGGACUGGAUAAACCGGGAACUGAAUACUAGCAAGACCCAAGUCUUUUUUCGAACAUACGCCCCUGUACAUUUCAGAGGUGGGGAUUGGAGAACUGGGGGAAGCUGUCACUUGGAGACACUACCUGAGCUAGGCUCCUCGCUUGUGCCAUUCCACACUUGGGCCCGAUACAAUGUAUUCAUUGAUGUACUAUCAACCCGCUUAAACACAUCACAGCCGAUGGCAUUAGAUUUGUUAAAUGUAACCAACAUGACAUCACGAAGGAAAGAUGGGCAUUCAUCUCUAUACUAUCAAGGUCCCAACUCGACCCCUGCGCCACUUCAUAGGCAAGACUGCAGCCACUGGUGUCUGCCUGGGGUCCCUGAUGCAUGGAAUGAGCUACUCUAUGCUCUCUUUUUAAAGCGUGAGGCCACUCGCACUGGGAAUUCAUCUACAUAUCGAGCACAAGUAUGAGUGGUGAAGAGACUAUCCUAUUUAUUUGCUGGAGAGUACCUAAAAACAUUGGAAGGAGUUGAUUUCUUGAGAAGGAAAAGGAAAAGGAAAAGAACAGGAGAAUGGUUUGCCAGAGAUAUGCAGCAAGGGCUGGCGCAAACUUUUGAUUAAUUAGCAUCUAGAAAGAGGUAGAUCAUGGGAAAAGCUGGCUCUUUUAGAUUUUAGGUGUCGAGAACUUGACAUAGAAGGAAGUGUCGUCUUAGGGAGAGAUGGACCAACAAGGGUUCAUCGAAGAAGAUAUAGAGAAUCGAAGAUCAUAUAUAUACAUGGAUAUUCUUGCUGCCUUUGUUUCAGGUGGUACAAUUCUUUGGAAUAAGUAUCUAAUUACCAUCAAAUUUUGUCCAUAUGUUGUAUCUUUUUCUUUAUCUCUCUCUAUAUAUAUAGUGAGUUGUGACUUGAAUCAAGGACUGGAGCUUCUUGUGCAUUUUGUUGUAGUUUCCUUAGAGUAACUUCGAAGUGUAAGCAUUGAAUUUUCAGUUGAUUCUGUAUCAAGAUUGUGGAAUACAUGCAAAUAUGCAAUUCAUGUUGUGGCCCAAGAAAA